AUUAAUUGUCAACGUCAGAAUUAUCGAUUUUAAGAUUUCAUUAAAAAUAAGUUUUAAACUUCUCUGGAUCUCCGGUAUUUCAAAUUAUAAACAUUACAAUAUAGUAAUGUGUAAUCAAUAAAUCAAAAUGUAUUAUAAGGUAGAUGUUUAAAAUGAUUACUUUUAUAUAGAUAUCUAUUGUGUUGUAUGUUUCCAUGAAGUAGUUAACUACAUAUUGAACCGGCUAUACGAAAAUAUGCUACAAAAAGUUUUCGGUAUCUAAAUGGUCACCAAUAUGGACUACGAUUAUCUAAUAAAACUUCUGUGCGUCGGAGAUUCCGGAGUUGGAAAGACGAGUUUUUUGUAUAAAUACACUGACGGAGUUUUUCACACACAGUUUAUUUCAACAGUUGGGAUUGAUUUCAGAGAAAAAACUGUGAUAUAUCAGCAGAAUACAAGACAACACCGUGUACAUUUACAACUAUGGGACACUGCAGGACAAGAAAGAUUCCGAAGCUUGACAACAGCUUUUUAUCGCGAUGCAAUGGGAUUUUUGCUGCUCUUUGAUUUGACUAAUGAAGCCUCAUUCUUGGAAGUACGGAAUUGGAUAGAACAGCUAAAGACACAUAGUCUCAGUGAUGAUCCAGACAUUGUACUAUGUGGUCAUAAAUGUGACCUGCAAGAGAAACGCUUAGUAAAUCAAAAUCGUGCCAGAGAAUUUGCCAAAAAUUACAAUUUGCCAUACUUGGAAACUAGUGCCAAAACUGGUCAGAAUAUUGACCGUGCUAUUGAGAUUCUUCUUGACAAAAUUAUGUACAGAAUGGAAACAUCAGUGGAAUACGCAAUGCUUUGCGCUUCAGGGCGACGCCGUCAGUCGCUUCAAAGACUCCAAGCCAAGCAGGACAGAAAACUAUGUUCCUGCUAGAACAGU